AUGGCCUUCUACUGUUCAGGAUGCAAUUCGAAAGCCCUUUCAUAUCAGGGGUACCAGACACAUCUACGCCUCAGUCAAAAUCCUGAAUGCCGCCGCCUCUACAAUCACUUAAACUCAUAUGUUCCAUCUGACUCAGACUCGGAUAAUGGUACAGAUGACUCGGAGGAAGAUGAACAGAACCCAGUGGCGUUUGAGGGUGACUAUUUUAGUCCAACAUACAUGCCAAAUGAUCUUGGACUGAGUUCGGAUGAAGGGGAUGGUGAUAUAGAGAAUAUGAUUGAGCAGACAGGGCUGGUCUCGGAGGUGGAUUUCAAAUCUGACGAAGAAGUUUUGGACAUAUCAGCACCACAGACACCGAGGCAAGCCAUAGAUGAAAGACUACGGAAGGAGAUCUUUGUUGAAAAAUUCCCGUCUACUCUUGCCAGGGCAGCUGUACAUCAGCGCUGCAACGGUGACACUUAUUAUGGGGCAAAUGUUGCAGGCUCGACAGAGAAUCCUUAUGCACCUUGUACCUCAAAACUAGAAUGGGAGUUUGUGAGGUGGGCAAAGUUACGUGGACCAGGAGCAACUGCAUUGACAGAGUUGCUACAGAUUGAAGGUUUUUGCGAGUGUCUUGGCCUUUCAUUUUCAACCAGCAAGGAACUCAAUAAACUUAUUGACUCUCUCCCUGAACGUCCAUGUUUUCAUCGAGAAGAGGUCACUAUUGCUGGACAAUCAUUUGAAUUUUUCUACCGAGAUAUUCAAGAAUGUAUCAAGGCACUUUGGAGUGAUCCAGAGUUCACUCCCUACCUCGUUUUUGCACCUGAACGUCACUACAAAGACCAAACAAAGACAACUCGGCUGUACCAUGAUAUGCACACAGGGAAUUGGUGGUGGGAGAAGCAGGAGGAGUUUGAGAAGUGUCAUCCAGGUGCUACCAUUAUUCCCAUCAUUAUCUCCUCUGACAAAAUGCAAGUGACACUUUUCCGAAACAAGACCGCCUAUCCAGUAUACAUGACUAUUGGAAAUCUACCAAAGUUCAUUCGAUGGAAGCCAUCUUGA